UCCUCCGUAUCCGCCGAAUACGCCUCGGACUCGAACUUCCAGCAGGCAAUCCUCGACGUCACAAACCUUUACCGGCGACAACACAACGCCUCGCAGCUGUCCUGGAACAACUCGCUCGCCGAGUACGCAAAAGACUGGAGCGAAGACUGCAAGUUCGACCACUCUGGCGGGCCGUCUGGGGAGAAUCUGGCGUCGGGCUAUCCUAAUGUGACAGCGAGUGUGGAGGUGUGGGGAAACGAGAGGGAAGACUAUGAUUUCGAUAAGGGGGAAUUUUCAGCUGAGACAGGUCACUUCACACAGCUUGUGUGGCGGAAUACUUCAACCGUUGGCUGCGCGCGCACCGAAUGUAAUGGCGACCAGAAGGGCGGGAAGGGCGAUGCGCCAGGAUGGUACAUCGUCUGUGAGUACUACCCGGCCGGGAAUGUACUCGACCAAUUCGUCUUCAACGUG